CGAUUCUUUCUUUUCUGUAAAAAUGAGUAGAGGUCAUCUGUGGACCGAGGAGCAGUUUAACUGCCCCGUUUGCCUCGACUUGCCCACCGAGCCCGUGACGAUCCCGUGCGGUCACAGCUACUGCAUGCACUGCAUCACCGACUACUGGGACUCGGAGCGCAAAAAGAGCGGCGCGUGCAGCUGCCCCGAGUGCCGCCAGAACUUCGACCCUCGUCCUCAGCUCUGCCGUAACACCAUGCUGGCGGAAGCCGUGGAGCAGCUCCGCCGGGGCAACCUCAGCUCGACAGGGCGCGAGUCCAUCCGUAACGCGCGCCGUGCCGCCGCGUCUGCGUCCGAGCGGGGAGCGCGCGACCGCAAAGCCGCCGUGAGACAACUUCCUGCCUCGUGCGUGCCGUGUGACCGGUGCGUGGAGCCGAGAGCCGCCGUGAAAACCUGCCUGACGUGCAUGGCGUCGUUCUGCGAGAGUCACCUCAAGCCGCACGAGACGCAAGCCAAGCUGAAGAGCCACGAGCUCAUCGGGCCCACCGGAGACCUCACGCAGAAGAUCUGUCCCGAGCACAAGUACCUGCAAGAGUUCUACUGCCGCACGUGCCAGAUCUACAUCUGCUGGCUGUGCACGAGCAACCAGCACAAGGAGCACGAGAGCGUCUCCACGCAGGCGGAGCGCGCGGAGAAACAGAAAACCCUGUUGAUGGUUCAGAUGGAGAAUCUGCAGAAGCUGCAGGAGAGAGAGAAGGAAUUCAAAGACAUGAAGAAAGUCCUGGAGACCCUCAAGUGCUCGUUCGACACAGUGAGCGAGGAGACGGACACGGUGCUGUGUGAGCUUCAGCGCUCGGUGCAGUGUCUGGCGGAUCUGAUCCAGCAGGUGAUGAGCUCCAGCGGGCAGGAGAAGAUCAGCGAGGCCCAGCAGCUGGUGGACAAACUGGAGAAGGAAAUCAGUCAGCUGAGGAAGAAAGACUCUGAUUUAAAGGAGCUGGUGACAUGUCAGGACAAUAUCUACUUUCUCAAGACGUAUCAGUGUCUUUGCUCUCCGGAGCUCAGUGAGCUCGGCGGUUUCACAGUCAAUCUGGACGCCUCGUUUGAUCCUGUACAAACCAUCGUUUCGGAUCUCAGGGAGAAAGUGGAGAACACGUGCAACCAAGAGCUGGACAAAAUUAACAAGACAGUGUUCAACACAGCGCCGUUCACAGUGACUGAGCGACAGAGCGGACAGAAGCCGGCCAUUUUGAAAUUGUUUUCUGGAAUCGGAGCCAAAACAUCAAGCAGUCGCACACAAGCAGGUCCCCCUCCACUGCCCUCUGUGAGUGUUCGAGGCCCAGUUGAUAGAGGGUCAAACUCCCCAAGACCGAGAGCGAGCUACAACAGAGAGGAGCGAGAACAAGCUAAUAACCGGAGUGUGAGAUCUCUGACACCAAGAGAGACGCAGAGGAGAGAGGAGAGAGAGCAAGAGAGGGAGAUUCAGAACUCGGCAGUAUCUCAAGGCAGAAGCACAAGUGAUAACGUGGCUGACACUUGGAGUAUACGCUCUCUACGCCAGUCGACACAGAGGAGAGAAGACCAGGAGCAAGCUGACAACUGGAGCUUAAGUUCUGUCAGGUCCAGAGGCAGACCGAGGAGAGACCAGAGAGAGACAGCUAAUGGGGAAGUGCAGAGUUCCCAGAGAGCACAGGAGACAGCGAUGACCAGACAGCAACCAGAAAGGCAAUCCGAUAGCUGGAGCUUAGGUUCCAUCAGGUCGAUCAGAGGCAGAGAGAAGAGAGACGAGAGAGAGACAGCUAAUGCGGAUGUCCCGAGCUCACCCAGGACACAGCAGACGGCGGCGGCCAGACAGCAGCCCGAACGACAAUCCGAUCGCUGGAGUCUGAGCUCACUGUUACCGAGGAACCGGAGGAAGAGACAAGAGUCAGUGAAACAGGCCUCACCUAUACAACAGGAAGUAGAGUCUCUGAAGGAUCAGUGGGGAAACCAGACUGAAGUAAACCCUGGUCUUUUCCUGGACUCUCCUCCCGCAGACUCCUCCAUCAUCCCUGCCUUUUCAUUGAGAGAGAUCGAUAUCGACAGCAUCCAGGCUCCCGAGCCGAGGAGCAGAGACGAGUUCCUGCAGUAUGCCUGCGAGCUGACCUUUGACCCCAACACGGCUCACCGGCGAUUAGUUCUCAGUGAAGAUGCCACCAAAGCGACACUGCACACCGCUACCCAAUCGUACCCCGACCUCCCUGAGCGAUUCGACAGCUGGACGCAGAUUCUCAGCCUCCAGCCACUCAGCUCUGGCCGCUGUUACUGGGAGGUGGAGUGGCGUGGGCGGGGCUCUUCAGUGGGUGUGGCCAGUACCUCUAUGCCCCGUAAAGGUGCGGACGCAAGGGCAGGGCUUGGCUACAAUGGCCAAUCAUGGAGUUUGGAGUUGUCAGACAUGUGCUGCGCUGCUAUGCACAACAACCAGAAGCAGGAGAUCUCAGUGACGUACUGCCCCCGAGUGGGCGUGUUCCUGAACCAGGAGGAGGAGUCUCUGACCUUCUAUGGUGUUGAUGAUGUGCUCGUGCACCUACACACGUUCCACGGCGUCUCGUCCAGUCGGCCGCUGUUUGCCGCUUUUGGAGUUGGGAGCGGCGUCGGAGUCGGCCUCGACUUCGCCAACGGAAACUUCAGCGCGUCUACAGACAGCGUUAAAAUCUGCUCCCUCUAACCCAGAUCAUUCCAUAACCUUUUCUCCAGAUUACUGAUAUGAUUUGGAAAGAUAUAGUAGAGUAUCACGCAGUCCUCAUACUCGUGUGCCAGAAUGCCAUUUUAAAAAUUCAAUAUUCUUAAGCACUAAAUGUUUUUUUGCUGAGUUUAGAUUAGCAUUAGUGCCUUCAUGUAUCAUGUAUCAAUCAGAGUAAUUCUAGCCAAUCACGGUCUUAGGGCGUUUUCAGACCUGUAGCUUUCCCCCGAAACUGUUACAAAUUGUUACAUUGUCGCAUUUUCUCCUUGGCUCGGUUCACAAGGCAACGUUUCAAAGCGUAUCAAAAUGUGUUUAUGUGAGUCACACGUGAGGAAUCUGUCCUCUCAUUGGUCAGAGUGCACCUGUUUAUGAGGGAACGUAAGCCUUCAGGAGAGAGUUGAGGUAGGAGGGUGCUGUUCCAGACAAGAUCUUGUACGUGAGCAUCGAGGCCUUGAAUUUGAUACGGGCGGCUACAGGAA